AAGUAUGUAGUAUAUUUUCUUGUCACAUGGUCGUACAUAUGUUAAUUUUCAAAUAUGUUCAGAUAACCGUUAAGAUUUAUUUGUGUAUAUAAGAAAAUAAUAUAAAAUAUGAAGAAACGAUGAAUAAAAUUUCACAUUUUUUAUGUUGUGGAAUUAUUUCAUGAAUCAAGGUUUCAAUAUUUUAAGUUCCAUUAUAUAAGUUUAUAAUUCGAUUGAUUAGGUUAUUUUUUCAAAUGGAAGAAGCGGCGAUUAAUUCGCCAAAUUCACGUCUAAACGAUAAUGACCAAAUUAAUGAAACAGACGACGAAAAUUCUCGUAUAAAUUAUAAUGACUCAGGAAAUGAACAUGAAAUUCUAUAUGGGGAGUGUACGCCACAACAGGUAUCAACAAGCAGACAAAUCAAUAAUUCUAUUUUUAAUACUAUAUCUAAAAUUGUUAAUCCCGCAGCAAAGGUACCAGAAAUUCAAGAUUUUAAAAUUGUGAAACCAAUAAGCCGUGGUGCAUUUGGCAAAGUUUUUCUUGGACAUAAAAAGUCAAAUCCUGAGAAAGUAUAUGCUAUUAAAGUAAUGAAAAAAAAUGAAAUGAUAAAUAAGAAUAUGGCUUCACAAGUGAUCAUUGAAAGAAAUGCUUUAGCUUUGACACGUAGUCCAUAUUGUGUACAAUUAUUUUAUUCAUUACAAUCUGCUAGUAGUGUUUAUUUAGUAAUGGAAUACAUGGUUGGUGGAGAUCUUAAAAGCUUGCUUGGUGUAUAUGGUUAUAUGGAAGAAUCUAUGGCAGCUUUUUAUACUGCAGAAGUAUGUCUUGCUUUGGAAUAUCUUCAUUCUCAUGGAAUUGUACAUAGGGAUUUAAAACCAGAUAAUAUGCUUUUGUCAAAAGAAGGACAUGUCAAAUUGACAGAUUUUGGGCUUAGUAAUAUAUCUUUACAUAGAGAUCUUGAAAUAUCAGAUUUAGUUAAUUGUACGCCUAGUCUUUGUACUAGAACUCCUGGACAACUUCUUUCUUUGACAUCACAUUUAUCUUUUGGUUCUGGACAAAGAUCGACAAGUGAAUCUAAUCUUAGCGACAAAAGUACACUUGGUGUUAAUUUACUUCCUGCUUUACAACAAAAUUCAACUAAAUUUCAAUCUUCACCAAAUUCGAUAAUUUCAUCUGCUGCAUCAGGAGAUUAUUCCCGAGUAUCUGGUAUUACCCCUUUUCAAUCUGCAGAAGAUCUUCAUUUAACGGAACGUUUGGAGCAUAUUAUUGUUGAAAAAAAAAAUGAAGAUGAUGAGAGUAGCUCUGGAAGUUAUCAUACAUGUGAGGCAUCUUCGGUUCGCGUUAAUAAUCAACUUAAUCAAAAUUUGGAAGAGGAGGAUGAAUCUACAUUAGAAGCAGAUCAAUCUCAACAACCUCUUCCUCAUACUAGUCCAUUAAGUACAUGUACAAAUACGUUUACCAGAGGUGCAAAACGAAAAAGAGCAACGGGAGGAACAACUGGUUUAACGUGUGAAUUAAGUAUAAUGGAUUUGGAUGUUGAUAAAACACCAAAAAGAAAAAAUCGUGGUUGUAUAUUUUCUAGAAGUCCAAUUAAUUCUGUUAUUUCUGAAUCAGUAAAACAAACGAACAAUACUAAUGAUACAGGUAUGGUGCAAGAAAGUGGAUCUAGUGGAAGAGUUGCAUUUAGUACACCAGUAUCAUUCACGAAACAGAGAUGCUAUAGUGAAGAAGAUGCAGAAACAUGCGAAGAAGAAACAGUACGUUUGAUUAAAACGACAAGAUUUCAACUUCCACCAGUUCUUACAUCACAUUCAGCCCCUGAGAUACCUAUAGGUGAUAAUUCUGAGAAACAUCGAUCGCCUCAAGUUAUAUCUCCCAUAAAAACACCUGCAACUUCUGGCAAUUGUUACACACCUUACAGAACUCCGAAAUCGGUAAGAAGAGGCGGUCAAGUUAUCAAUCGAUCAGAUGAUCGUAUUCUUGGAACACCUGAUUAUCUUGCACCAGAAUUACUUUUAAAACAAGGUCAUGGACCUGCAGUGGAUUGGUGGGCUUUAGGCGUGUGCCUGUUUGAAUUUUGCACAGGUGUUCCACCAUUUAACGAUGAAACACCACAUGCUGUAUUUUCUAAUAUUCUUGCUAAAGAUAUUCCUUGGCCAGAGGAAGAAGAAGCUCUGUCAACAGUUGCUGUGGAAGCCAUAGAUGCACUUCUCACUUUAGAUCAAUAUGAGCGUCCUUCUGCACAAGAAGUGCGAGUCAUGAAACUUUUUCAGGACUUCCCUUGGAACGAGCCGUUAAAAGCGACGCCACCUUUUAUACCACAACCUGACGAUAAUUACGAUACAUGCUAUUUUCAAGCACGAAACAUUAUGCAACAUUUAAACGUGAGCAGCUGUGAAACAUAAAAAUCAUAUUGAUGGAAAAAUAGAUAUCAAUUUACAGUUUAUUUUAUAACUGAAAUAACAUUAUGCAACAUUUAAAUGCAAGCAACUGUAAUAUAUAAU